UGUUUGUAAAGGUAGCCCUUUAGUCUCUUACAGGGUACAUAGGUUUACUCAAAGCAUUACAAACCAUGACACCAUCUGCUAAGCACGUACUCUACACGACCCAAUGAUACGCUGCCAAGGUGCUAAAGUUAAAUACCCUCGACGCCAAUCGCGCUUGGUAUUUCCCGUUAAUUGGGUCGCUCAAAUCUGGUAGUAUCCACUUUUUCAUCAUCUCAUCUUAGAGUCUCGGACACAGAGUGCUACCAAAACUCUCCAACAAAACAAUCCCAAACCCCCAAAAUAACUUAAAACCAAAAUAGAACAGUCAUAGAAAAAGAUCAAAGCCUAAGCAAAGCCACUUCGAAUAGAAAGAAAAGACAUGGAAGCGCCACCGUCCACUUCUCCAACAUCGCCACCACCUCUUCCUCCUCCUCCGUCAUCGUCGUCAUCGUCAUCAUCAUCAUACACGUUAUUUAUAACGAUUAUGAGCAAAAGGAGAACAUGGGUAUUUCUGUUUGUGCUAGUUUACGCAAUCCUUUUAGCUUCUUUGUGGAAUUCCCUCAAAUCGAUACUUUCUUGGUACAAACACCAAGCCCAACCCUCUUCUUCUGGUUGGCCUGCCCUCUAUGCAUCUGUUCUUCUUGGUGCAGUUUUUGGGCUGCUCUCCAUGGUUGCAGCUCUGGCUGUAGCUGUGCCAGCCACUUUGGUCACCUGGAUCACCGUUGUGGUUUUGCUUGCUUUCUUUGGGAAACCAAAGAGGACCUUGGUGCUGGAAGGAAGGAAAAUUACUAGAGAGAUCGUUGGGUUUGUGUUCAAGAUUUUGUUAAAGGAAGGGAACCUUGUAGCUGCUGUUUGUGCCGUUUUGGGUUACUUUGCACUUAUCAGGAAGAAUUCUGGUGAGUGAUUAAGCUAAAUUGAAUCCUUAUUUCGCUGGAGAUCAGGUUUUGGUUUUGUGGAUAUUUGAAGAAAAUGUAGAUUUUGGGAACUUUUCCUCUCUUUUUUCCAUGUUGAGACAUUGUUUGUUUUUCUGUUAAUUUGACUUAGAUUAGAAGUUACCAAAGCAAAGACAAGCCUAUGAAAACACUUAUUCCUGUUUUUGUUUGUUCUCUGUAUAAAAAGAAUGACGACCUGUUGUUUUCACCCUUUCAAA